AUGAAGCUCGCCAUCUUGCCGCUCCUCGCAUCGGUGGCUAGCGUUCGCUCAGCAGCCAGCAACGUUUCGCACUCCGACAGCCUCACUGUGCAAAUCUCAACUGGCACCUUUACAGGAGUGAUCGAUCCGGAAUUCCCCAAUACUCGGCAAUGGCGCUCCAUUCCUUUCGCAGAGCCUCCUGUCGGGUCGCGUCGCUGGCUGCCUCCUGAGAAGCUUCCGCCCUCGCACAAGCAUCAAUAUGCGACAAAGUUCCCGCCUUCAUGCCCCCAGUUCGUGACGGCAGUCGAAUCUCUCUGGAACACACCUCUGACCAAGGGUAAUCUGAUUUACAAUGGCGGCCAGAACGACUCGUCGGGUCUGGUAGGCGAAGCGACAUCCGAAGACUGCCUUUACCUGGCGAUCUGGACGCCUACGACUCCGCCUCCUAAAGGGGGGUUCCCAGUCCUCUUUUUCAUGACAGGCGGUGGUUUCGUGAUGGGCGGCAUUAAUCUUCCUUGGCAAAUUCCAACAUCGUGGGUCGAGCGGUCGCAAUCGGCAAUCAUCGUCACCAUCAACUACCGCGUCAGCAUCUUCGGCUUUCCUAAUGCGCGCGGGUUGGCUGAUGGAGAGCAAAACCUUGGCAUUCUCGACCAGCGAGCUGCUCUCGAAUGGGUUCGCGACAAUGUCGCAGCCUUUGGUGGCGACCCAUCUCGCAUUAUGCACUGGGGCCGGUCUGCGGGCUCCGUCAGCGCGGACAUGCACGCCUAUGCUUACCAUGACGACCCAAUUGCCCAAUCCUAUUAUCUGGAGUCGGGAGUCGUACCUUCCGGGAUUGAUGAGGAUCCAACGUACUUCAGCUUUAGCUUCGUAGCGCAGCACGUAGGCUGCGAGUCUCCCUGCGGCGCCAACUGCGAGGACUUCAAUGGCACGGCAGAACUCGACUGCAUGCGCCGAGUAUCCUUUGCACAGAUCACGAACUUUCUCGGACAGUACGGCGACCGAGAAGAGACACCCGCUCUAUUCUUCAGCGUUGUCCCCGAUGAUCGUAUCGUCUUCCGUGACUACAACGCGCGCGCCGCGGCGGGCAAAAUCGCGCACCGCCCGACCCUCAUCUCCUUGACAGCCAACGAGUUCUCCUCGCUGGUCCCAUGGCCAAAAGAGAACCUGACCGAAGGCCCAUGGCAGCCGGAGGUCACGGAUCUAGACAUCGUAUGGGUGUGCGCAGGCCUCAACGCCACCGUCGCUCGCAACCAGCUAAGCACGUUGGAAGCUCCCGUUUUCCGGUUUCAAUACGCAGGCGAAUUUCCCAAUUUGAAUGUGUACAGUUGGCUGGGCGCAUACCAUAACAGCGAGACGCCUUUGGUAUUUGGAACGUACGGGCUGUUGGAUCAUGUAGCGCCAACGACGGAAUUCCAGGUCGAGGUUAGCAAGGCGAUGCAGGAUCAUAUCAUGGCGUUUGCGGAGGAUCCGUAUCAGGGCCCGCAGCAGAAAUUUGGAUGGAAGCCACAGGUUGUUAGUGAGGCAAAUGGAGGGGAUGUACUUCGUUUUGGAGCAGGCGGGAAAGCGGUGCAGCGGAUCGAUGGGGUGGAGAUAGAUGGGGUGUGUAAUGGGGUUGGAGAGUACGAUCCAUUCCCGUAG